UGACCCGCGGACCACGUGGUUCGCGGCGCUAGUGUUUAUCGUGACGUCGUCCCGCCAACACGUACCGCGCGCAGCGGCGCACCCGAAACCGAAAGUCUCAAGCCCGAUCAGUUACAGUGUCGAUUUUUUCAAAUUUGACGUUUUGACUGUGUAAGUUGGUUUUUCCUUAUCGGUUGGAUUAGUCGGAAAUCUUGCAGGAUUUUAUCGUUGAAGGAUUUUCGAGCUCCCUAGCUUCGAAAUUUCGUUCUUGUCAUGGAUUAGUCGGAGUGCCAAUUUUUGGAAGUUGCAAUUUCACGCGAAGUUUUGACUACAAAAAAUGUUUUCUCUUUUUCUCUGCCGGUUAAUGAAAUACGCGAAUUUGCGGGAAACGCGUUUUCUCCGCGAUGAAGCGCUUGUGGUGAAUGUAGCGCUCCGCCUAAAUUGUGGAAUUUUCACUUAUUAUUUGGAUUAAUUUUUCAAGGUAGUUUGUUGCCUUGCUCAUCAAAUCUGCUCAACUUUAAAAAAUCGUUGCCAUCUUACGUGCCAUCACGCCGAUCACCGCAUUGACAUACGCUGAUUUUUGCAACCGAUGUUUCGUUGAUUUUUACCUGCUAUUUCGAGAGAUAAUAUACAUUACUACUGAAUUUAUGCUUACUUUUGAAAGUUUUCUUUCAUUGUAACAGUCGAUUUUUUCAUGAUAUUAAAGUUGGAUCGUUCCGAAAAUUUUCCGUCCGAAGUUUUUAAGCUCGGCUGAAGUGCGGAUAAACGGAUUGCUCAGUAAUGUUUGAUCGGUAUGCAGUCAAAAUUUGUUUGUGUUAAGUGACAGAAGCCGCGUCGACAAAGUUCAAGUAUGGAUCAGCUUUGUCGGCCCAAAAUUGUUUACCUGCAAGUUGCAACGGAGGACAUUCCACCCGGUUUAAUCGAUCGCUUUGUUAUUGUUCAGCGCGCGGUGUGAAUGACUCGCAAAAUUACAAAAUCAAAAUUAACCUUGUGCCAUGUCGACAAAAUAAUUUUACCGCGAAUUUUCGCCGAGUAAAAGUUCAAAUUCUACAGUUGCCAUGAUAUAAAUCAAAAUUUUGCUCUUAUUGUAACUUAACUUUCACGUUAAAAUACUGCGGCAUCCUGUCUUACGAAAUCAAAAUUUUGUGAUCCAUUGUGUUGAACAUUUGAUCGUUUCGUAACUUUACCUAUUUAUGUGUUCAAUUUUAAACGGUAGUAGAGGGAUGGUCGCCUCGCGUGUUGAGAAGAUGUCCCGUUAAAGAUGGAGCCGUGGAAAGUCACCGGCGCGUAGUGUGUUUUUUCAUGGUGUGGGUGUGAGUGUUUGGGGUCGCAAUCGACACCUGGUGUCAGGUCUCCGCGAGUCCUUCGCUGCCACUUUCAUCCUCCGUUUCAAUGCAAAAAGUACGCAACUAUGAACCUACUCAAUCGUGGAGGGACAGACAAAUUCCAACCGUUAUUGAGUCAGUUCUUUCCCGCUCCUAACAGUAUGGCCAAUAAGGAGGUGAACGAUACCUGUGGCUCCUCAAAUUGCAGUUUAGUGACUGCAGCUGCAUUAACGGGGACGACUGUCUCCAAUCUCCUAGUAAAAAACAAGUCUUUAGCAUCGUACAGCCAUGGAGCCUUGGGAAUAGAAAAAGUAUUAAAAGUACUUAAAGAAGCAGGAUUCACCAACGCCCGUUUAGUUUUCGAGGGGGAAACAAAAAGUCUCAACAUAUUCUUAUAUUUCAACUUCCCCCGCGGGGCGACCCAAGAGUUCGCCCUAGCAUAUACCUUCUCCGGUACGACAUCAGGGCAUGUCGUUCAUGCCAAAAUCUCAAAAACGAACGACGGUGAAGUUCACGUAUUCGUUACUGAUUUUCAGCAACCUUUGCAUUCUGCAGAGCGCAACAAAAGAGAAAUACCAAGGGAUGCUUUUUUAACGUAUCUGAUUGCUCCAGGAAGAGUUUUUACUCUAUUCUACAUGGAUCUGAUGGUCCUUUUAAUAGCCAUCCUGGUUUUAGUAGCCAUAAUCUAUUUACUACUUGCACCGGCGAUGAGUAUUUUGAUUCGCAUGUUUGAAAGACUUAAAAUUUGAAAGUGCCCAGUCAUUUUAAUAUCUUUUCACAGUUUCACAUAGAUUAUUUCAUUCAUCACUUUUCUUCUGUUAUCUUCAAACAAUCUUCGCACGUCCAUCCCUAAAUUUUGUUCUCUUUUAAUCUUUCCUAAAUAACCUCCAUCAUCCAUGUCUUUUCGACGACCUCCCUAUUUUUCAAUGAUCUGAUUUGCUUCAUCUUUUGAAAUCAUUGAUUUUUUUUUUUUUUUUUUUUUUUUUUUUUUUUUUUUUUUUUGAUUUUUUUUAAUACAAAAAUAAAAAAGAACAAAUAUAACUUCUCCGAAAUUUCAAUUUUUCUUCUCACAUGGAGGGAGGAGCGUAGUUCAAACUUAAUUUGUGCGGCCCCCGUGUGGGAACAAGGCCAGGAAUCCAUUAUUGUACUUCGUUCAAUACACUCUUCCGUUUCAGGCCUAAAA